GAGAUGAGAGAAAGGCAGCAGCCAAAAAACCCAUCCAAACAAACAACACAAGAGCCUUCACGCUCUCUAUCUCUCUAUCUCUCUAUCUCUCUGCACCUUUAAAAAGCUUCUUGUGGUUUUCUUCUCUCGCUCCCUCCCGUUUUUUCAUUUCUCUACAUCAUCGUCACAGAUUCUCUCUCUCUCUCUCUCCAUCUUCUCGAUCCCGAAACUGGCAACCAUGAGCGACGAAGGAGAAAAGACCUGCCCACUUUGCGCAGAGGAGAUGGACUUGACUGAUCAGCAAUUGAAGCCUUGUAAAUGUGGUUACGAGAUAUGCGUUUGGUGUUGGCAUCACAUAAUGGACAUGGCAGAGAAGGAUGAUACGGAGGGGCGGUGCCCAGCAUGUAGGGUUCCUUAUGACAAGGAGAAGAUAGUAGGGAUGGCGGCUAGCUGUGAAAGAUUGGUGGCUGAAAUUAAUGUUGAGCGUAAGAAGUCACAGAAAGCAAAGACAAAACCGUCUGAAGGAAGAAAGCAACUCAGCAGUGUACGGGUGAUCCAGCGAAACCUUGUGUACAUAGUUGGGUUACCUCUUAAUAUGGCAGAUGAAGAUCUUCUCCAGCGCAGAGACUAUUUUGGCCAGUAUGGGAAGGUUCUGAAAGUGUCCAUGUCUCGAACGGCAGCUGGUGUCAUUCAACAGUUUCCAAACAAUACUUGUAGUGUAUAUAUAACAUACUCAAAGGAGGAAGAAGCAAUUCGUUGUAUUCAAUCUGUACAUGGAUUUGUCCUGGAUGGUAGAUCUUUGAAGGCAUGCUUUGGGACCACAAAAUACUGUCAUGCAUGGCUGAGAAACGUGCCCUGCACCAACCCAGAUUGUCUAUACUUGCAUGAGAUAGGUUCUCAAGAAGACAGUUUUACGAAAGAUGAGAUAAUAUCGGCAUACACCAGGAGUAGGGUUCAACAAAUUACUGGUGCAACAAACAAUAUGCUGCGGCGUUCAGGGAGUAUGUUGCCUCCACCUAUGGAUGAUUAUAGCAGCAAUAGUUCUGCUGCUGUAGCGAAACCUAUAGUAAAAAAUACUUCAAAUAAUACAAUUAGUAUAAGCAAGGGUUCUCCUCCAAAUGGAAGCUCCGGCAGAUCUAUUGCACUUCCUGCUGCAGCUUCAUGGGGGAUGCGUGCUGGUAGUCAGCCACAGACUGCUGCUAAUUCAGCAUCUUCAAAUGGACCUAAUAAACCAAAACAAGACGUUGUUAAUGGCACAUUAGGUUUAUCAACAACAGUAGCAAGUACAAACCAGGCUUCUACCUUGCAUAGUGAUGUUGGAAAAAGGGCAACUUGGAAUGAAGAUGGUCAAGCCACCAGUGGUAAAGGCAAACAAGAUCCAUUGAAAUAUGUCAAACCUAAUGUUCAAGAUGAUCCCGUUAUAUAUGUCAAACCUAAUGUUGAAGAUUUUCUAGCCAAUAUGCCAGAUAAACCAUCCACUACUGAUGGUGCUGUUGCUGAAACAUCGAGUAAUCACUCAUCUAGUCCUCCAGCUAAGCACAAUGACUGGGGCUCUCCUUUGUUGUCAAAUGGUACAGAUUCCUUUCUUCAUGUUGUGCCAUCUUCCGGGCAUGAACAGUUGGGAAUUAGUUCUACUGAUAAGGAAUCAAUAAAGACUGACAAUAAUUUUAGAAGUCAACUUUCUGGUUUAAUGAGAACUAGUAGUCCUCUUACAGAUCACAGUGUGACAAAAUUGCCUUUAUCGCCUAGCAGUCAAGGAUUACAACAAUCAUAUCCUGAUCAAUAUAGAGAACCUUUAUCUUCACCAGGAACUGAGAAAAUUUAUUGUCCAAGAGAACAGAAGCCUGAUUGGAGAACAGAUCCUCAAAUUCAAACAGUUACUAAUAAUGUUUCUGAGGUGGAGGAGGAUAUAAUAUCAUUUGAUAAUCAGAGACUCAAGGAUCCAGAAGUUGUAACUCGGACUACAUGCAUGCCAAAUUCAGCUAAUUCACUCCAUAUUUCAAAUAAUUCAAGGUCGCAUUUGCAACAUAAUGAUCUUUUUGGUGCUGCUAAUCUAAAUUCUGAUCCUCUAUUCAUGGAUAAUAGAUUUGUUGACAACACACUUAUGCAUGCAUCUAGCAACACUGUAAUGUCAAAUGGAUAUCAUGAGAAAUUGCUCGGCAGUGCUGCUGGUUUGGAUAGAAACAUAGAGCAUUCCUUCUCUCUUCCAAAUGAAGGGGAAGCAGGCCAGCUCAUUGAAAAUUUUCCAGGGGAUGCAACAUCCUUGGAUGUGGGUGAGAGCAGCAUAAUUUCAAAUAUAUUAUCACUCGACCUCGAUGGAUGGGAUGAUCCAUUGACUUCACCUCAGAAUUUGGCCAAGUUGUUGGGUGAAACUGAUAAACAGCCUAGCUCUCUAAAAAUGUCGGGUUCUUGGAAAGUUCAAAAUAACAAUCAGUCAAGGUUCUCUUUUGCAAGACAGGAAGAAACGAGAAAUCAAUUUGUUGACGUGGAUCCAUCUUUUAGUGUUUUCGGAAAGUUGACAAAGAAUCUCUCAGUUAAUCAGAAUUUUUCAGAAAAAAGAAAAUUGUAUUUGGAUAAGGCUGGGAUGAGUAAUGGUUUCUCUACCUGUACUUUUGAGGAAUCUGAAAAUUUUACCAGUGGUCCUUCGGUUUUCUCUUCUAAUAAGCCUUCUGCAGUUUCAAGAGCCCAAAUUUCUGCCCCUCCUGGAUUCUCCACUCCUAACAGACUUCCACCCCCGGGCUUUUCUUCUCAUGAGAGGAUAGACCAUCUUUUUGAUUCCUUAUCUGGGAGUCAUUUGCUUGACUCGUCUUCCAUGCUGAGAAAUUCAUAUCAGCCACCCUCAACUGGAAAUAUCAAUAGCAGUGGCGAUAUUGAAUUCAUGGAUCCUGCAAUUCUGGCAGUUGGUAAAGGGAGACUUCAAGGUGGGCUUUCCAAUCCAGGCUUAGACAUGAGACCAAGUUUCCCACAACAGCUAAGUGCGUUUGAGAAUGAGGCAAGGCUUCAGUUAUUGAUGCAAAGAUCUCUCUCACCCCACCAGAACCUGAGAUAUACUGAAAUUGGGGAUAGCUUUUCUUCUCUUACUGAUUCUUAUGGCAUUUCCUCGAGGCUUGUGGAUCAAUCACAAAUGAGCAAUUUAUCUCCUUUUAUGCAAAUGUCUCUUCAGCAUUCUAGGAAUGGACUUGUGUCAAAUGGGCACUGGGAUGGCUGGAAUGAGGUUCAAGGUGGAAACAAUCUUGGUGUGGCAGAACUAUUGCGUAAUGAGAGACUGGGAUUGAAUAAAUUCUACGCUGCUGGGUAUGAAGAUUCCAAGUUUCGAAUGCCAAGUUCAGGAGACUUGUAUAACAGAACAUUUGAGAUGUGAAAGCUGUUGGAAUGAGACAAAUUUUUAUCUGGCCAGCGAUGGCUGACGAGGAAGCAUAAAUAACCUGUAUGCAUGUGGCUGUGUACUGAAGUAUGGGGACUGACUCAUGACUGGUCUCUUUGGGCAGCCUGAUGAAGGAUAAACUCUCGAAAAUUGGGGUCUUGAAGGCAGCAGGUGGAGGAAGCUGCAACCUACAUUUGAUAUAUGAAGAUUGUGCAACUGUGAAAUGAGUGUAUAAUGUGAAACUGGCAGGUUCAUCCUUCCAGUGGAUUGAGUGUUUUGCUCCCUUGUUAUAUAGGCAAGUAUAAUUUUGGUUGCUACUCUCACAACUAUAAAAAUAGAUGCAAAGUUUGAAAAAUCCUCUUUCUUUCUUUCUUUCUUCAUUUUGCCUUCGGCUGAUCUCAUUUCUAUACUUCAUAUGAACCGAGGUUUACAUUUGAAAAUUAAAAUCGGGGUGCUUUCGUGUGA